AGAACCUCUGCAAAUUAGCUGAACCGCUUUUAUAUAGCGCCCAAACCAUUUUUGCUCUUCGAUAUCUUCUAAGUUCUACGGCGGAACAGAAUACACCCUCAACGUAACUGUAUGGAGAACGAGAGCCAGAACCGGGAGCUGAAGCAUCUAGGUUUUGUAAGGAUCGCUGCGAUUCAGACGAUUGUGUGUGUUUCGAAUCUCUAUGCUUACGCGAAGCAGAACUCCGGAACUCUGAGAUCUGCGGUUGAAUCUGUGGAGAGCGCUGUAAACACAGUUGUAGGGCCUGCCUAUGAGAAGCUCAGAAUCGUGCCUGAUGAUGUCCUUGUUUUCCUUGACGACAAGGUUGACAAAGCGACGCAUGAGUUUGACAAGCGUGCUCCUCCUCUGGCAAAACAAGCCGUUCAAAUAACGCAGCAUAUCAUCCAAAAGGCUGCUCGAACUGCCCAAGAACUCGUGAAUGAGUUUCAAUCUGGUGGACCACGGGCAGCAUUCCAUUAUGCAGCCAAGGAGUACAAGCAGUUGGUUGUAAACCAAGGAGUGAAGACUUGGGAAGGGCUCAACCGGCUUCCAUCGUUCCACAAGUUUGCAGACAUGGCGGUGCCGUCGGCGGCGCAGUGGUUGGAGAGGUACAACUACAAGGUGAAAGAUAUGAGGCAGAAGGGCUACUAUGUGUUCGACUAUUUUCCUGAAGUUCCUGUUAGCGAAAUAGCCAAGGCAUUUGAGCAGGGUGAGGCCAAGAAGGAAGAAAAUCCUCCUCCACCUGCCUCAGAACAAGCUCCAACCGAGUGCAAAGCGGAUUCGGAUUCGGAUUCUGAUUCGGGUUCGGAUUCGGUUUCCAAUUAGAAAAUGGUCGUUCCUGUCAUUGCCUAAUCGUCUGGUUUGCAAUUGUAUAUGUUUCAUGAUGUAUGAGCAAAACGCUGAUGAGUAGCAGCUGUGAAAAAUUCCACAAGUUUGAAAGCCUUAGAAGGGCGUAUAUAAGUGUGAGUGGCUGUUUGAAGUUGAUAUAGCGAUUACGGCAAUGUCUGUACAUUAUGAACAAGUAAAUGAAGUUUUAGAAUGUGAUGCUUCCUCUAUA